GGCUCCGGGCGCACCUCGGCCGGGGAGGCACGGCUGGAAACCCCCGCCGGUGCUUUCCAAGGGGCUCAAGGGAGGGCCCGGGAAGCCCGAGGGCAGUCCCGGAACCUGUAAGGGGGCUGAGAGCCGAGGGAGUGGCAGGGGCGGAGCAUCAAAUCCCCCAGGCUGGUGGGGUGCUGGAUGAGUGAGCCGACGCCGCGGGAGCCCCUUGCUGCCCGUGGAGGCUGCCUGCCCGGUGCACCGGUGCCGGCGCAGAGGAUGCCCGUCGAGGCGCUGCAAGCCGGUGAUGCCAUGAAGGGGGUGACAGUGACAGCGCCCUUCACCUCGGCCAUGCCUGUCCGUAUCCUCCGCAAGGGUCCAGCGUAUUUCCGCCGGCGUGCUGAACCGGGGGCUGGGAAGCCCAGCGCUGUGGAAAGGCUGGAGGCUGACAAGGCCAAGUAUGUGAAGAGCCAGCGUGUUGCCAGCACCAAGCAGGAGCCGGUGAAGCCACUGCUGCUCAAGCAGCCCCUCUUCACCCCAGGGGUGCGCCGGGCUGUGCUCACCCCCAGCCGCAGGGCACCCCCGGGGCCGUGCCACGCUGAGGCCAGCAGCCCGAAGACCUCCCUCGACCUGGAGAUCCUCAACAACCUCAUCAACCUCUGCGACAGCCCCUUCCCCAAGAUGGAGAGCCCGUUGGGCCGGGAGUGUAAGUGGAGGGCGGAGGCGCCAGCGGCGCUGGGUGGUGGGGCGGAGUGUGCCGGCAAGCCGUCAGAGAGCCCCACCACCACCAAGCCCCCCGGCAGCGUGGCUGUACGGAGGGUGGAUGUCCGUCCCUGCGGAGCUCUGCGGGGCCAGGUGACACCAGUGCCUGCAUCCCCCAUCCCAGGCAGGCUGUCGGCAGCCCCAGCAUGGAGCUCGCCCACCCGCCCCGAGAGCGCCCGCCGGCAGCCCCUGCUCCACCGCUCCAAGUCAGACCUGAGUGACCGGCUCUCACGGGCCACCGCCGACCUGGAGCGCUUCUUCAACUACUGCGGCCUUGACCCUGAGGAGGUGCAGGACAUGGGCGCCGAGCGCUUUGCCCGCGCCAGCUCUGACAUCGUGUCCCUCAAGUUUCACAGCGUAAGCACAGCCAGCUCGGAGGGUGGCCGCUCACCGCCCAGCGCUGCCACACCAGAGGGGCGGCCAGCUGAGCGCGUCCCCUAUGGCAUCUCCGUCAUCGAGCGCAAUGCUCGUGUCAUCAAGUGGCUGUAUGGGCUGCGCCAGGCCAGGGAGCCCCAGCAGGUCUCUGACGUGUAGCAGCGCUGUGGUGGUGGCAGGUGCUGGGGACAGGUUGCUCAUGAGCAGGCAAUGCUGGAUGGGGAGGGAGUGCUGGCCGAGCCCACGGAGGUGCUGGUUGUGGCCCAGGAGGAGCAGGGACCUCUCGGCAGUGACAGGACCCUUGAACUCAGUUCCCCCCAACCUUGCUUCCCUGCCUCCUGUGCCACAGUGGCGCUGGCGGAGCCCCGGUAUUGUGGCUGGGCAGCCUUCCCGCUGGCUCUGGCUCCAUCAGACCUCUGCACAGCACUAGAGAGCCAGGUCCCCGCAAGCCCACGGGAGGGCAGAGGACACAUCCUCGGGUGUGUGGCUGGUCCCCAACACCUCCCAUUCCUGUGGGAGCCCGUGUGUGCUCGGUCUGCCUGCACUGCUGGAAGCUCCUGCCUGCCCUGCUCCUCGCCAGCACCCAUGGGUGGGGGGUAAGGGGCUGGUUCCUCCCUGCAUGGAGCAGGGACACAGCUCCAGGGAAGGAGCUGACCCCUGCAGCCUCCACCGAGGGGACCACACUGCCUGGGGUGGGGGCUGUAUCCUGGCAGCACUUGUCUUAAUGCUGGAGGUCUGGGAGAAGCGGGGUGCUUUGCAGGGCGGGGGGCAAACCCACCUCCCCCUUCAAGCAGCCCAGAGAGCUGCAUGUGUGUCUGAGUGUCUGUGAGUGCUUGUGUCCCCUCCUGGGUGCCAGUGGGCACACAGUUCUGGGCAUGCUGGGACCUGUUAUUUAUGAAGAUGACAGUUAUGGUGGUCUCUUCCUCAUUUCUACUGUUUUUCCUGAUGUUUGAUCUGUACAAAAAUUAAUUUUUGCAGCCAGUUUUAUUAAAUCUCUGUGCUUUGGA